AUGCAGCUCUCUUGGAAAGAUAUCCCAACGGUCUCGACGGCCAAUGACUUGCUGGACGUUGUGCUCAACAGAACGCAGAGAAAGACACCCACGGUGAUCAGACCCGGCUUCAAAAUCACCAGAAUCCGUGCUUUUUACAUGCGUAAGGUCAAGUACACUGCUGAGGGUUUCGAAGAGAAGUUCGAGGACCUUUUGAAAGGGUUCCCAAACAUUAACGAUGUGCAUCCGUUCCACAGAGACUUGAUGGACACGCUGUACGAGAAAAAUCACUACAAAGUGUCGCUGGCCGCAGUGUCGCGUGCCAAAACGCUGAUCGAGCAGGUCUCGCGCGAUUACCUGCGUCUGCUGAAGUUCGGCCAAUCGUUGUUCCAGUGUAAGCAGCUGAAAAGAGCCGCUCUGGGUAGAAUGGCCACGAUCGUCAAAAAACUCAAGGACCCUUUGGUGUAUCUAGAACAGGUGCGUCAGCAUUUGGGCAGACUGCCAUCGAUCGAUCCAAACACCAGAACUUUGCUGAUCUGUGGUUAUCCCAACGUCGGUAAAUCGUCGUUUUUGCGUUGCAUCACCAAAGCAGACGUUGAAGUCCAGCCCUACGCUUUCACCACAAAGUCUCUAUACGUUGGUCAUUUCGACUACAAGUACCUGAGAUUCCAGGCCAUCGAUACUCCCGGUAUUUUGGACAGACCAACUGAAGAAAUGAACAACAUCGAAAUGCAGUCGAUCUACGCUAUCGCCCAUUUGCGUUCUUGUGUGCUAUAUUUCAUGGACUUGUCCGAGCAGUGUGGUUUCACCAUUGAAGCCCAAGUCAAAUUGUUUCAUUCCAUCAAGCCCUUGUUUGCAAACAAGUCGGUCAUGGUUGUCAUGAACAAGACUGAUAUCAUCAGACCUGAUGAUUUGGACGAGGAGCGUGCAGCCAUGUUGCAGACCAUCUCCGAAAUGCCCGGCGUCGAGAUCAUGCCCGCAUCUUGUACUGAAGAAGAAAACGUCAUGGCCGUCAGAAACAAGGCCUGUGAAAAGCUAUUGGCCGCCAGAAUUGAAAACAAGCUCAAAUCAACUGCCAGAAUCAACAACGUGCUCAACAAGAUCCACGUUGCGAAGCCUCAAGCCAGAGAUGACGGUGUCGAUAGAUCGCCUUACAUUCCUGAUGCUGUCAAGAACAAGGUCAAGUAUGACGCAGAGGACCCUAACAGAAGAAAGUUGGCUAGAGACAUUGAGGCCGAAAAUGGUGGCGCUGGUGUUUUCAACAUCAACCUAAAAGACAAAUACUUGUUGGAGGAUGAUGAAUGGAAGAACGACGUCAUGCCCGAACUCUUGGACGGUAAGAACGUUUACGACUUCAUGGACCCUGAGAUUGCUGUCAAGCUGCAAGCGCUCGAAGAAGAAGAAGAGAAGCUUGAGGCUGAAGGCUUUUACAAUUCCGACGAUGAAGAAGGAGAAGAAACCCACGAUGGUCUCACCUCUGAGGAGGUAUCUGACAUCAAGGACAAGGCCGCUUGGAUCAGAGACAGACAAAAGAAGAUGAUUCUAACUGCUAGAAACCGUAAAGCGCUCAAGAACCGCGCAAUAAUGCCUCGUUCGAAACUUUCGAAGUCCUACGGCGACAUGGAAAAACACAUGUCUUCCUUGGGACACGACAUGUCCACUUUGCAAGACAAGCAAAAAGCUGCUGCUGAAAAGAACAGAUACGUGGAAACUGGUGCCGAUGUUGUGUUCGGAGGUGUUGAGACAUCGAACACUUCCUCCAACGGUGGUAAGCUCAGACAAUCCGAUAGACUGCUGGAUGGUGUUGCUGACAGUUCCAUGAGAUCCAAGACUGACAGACUAGCCAAGCUGCAAAGAAGAGACAGAAACAGAGACGCAAGACAAGGUGAAUCCGACAGGCACUCGACCGCUGCUUUGGCCAAACACUUGUUUAGCGGUAAACGUGGUAAUGGUAAGACUGACUUCCGUUGA